AUUGUGAUUGUUACUGUGUUUCAUUAGAGAUGUGAUAAACAACAAUGCUGAAAAUAAAGGCCAAAAGCACAGAUUCAACAUGAGCCAUGGCACAAUCUUGUCAAUAUUUACUUCUGUGUAAAUGAAGAAGCUGAAAUUGAUCAUUUUUAUACAAUAAAGCAUACAAAGACUGGCUGAAACUCCUAUGUUUGAACAUUCAAAAAAGCUUUGAAAACCUGCAAGUGAUUCAUGUAGGAGAGGAACACAAAAGUGAUAGGGAUGCAUUAUUAAAAGAAAAGAAUAUACCCAUGAGAUUCAUAAAUACCAAAACCUGCAGCAUCCCAAUAGCAGCAAGAUCUUCUCAUUACAGUUCAGUGUUUUCUUUUUGACCCAGCCAAUGCAAAGCACAGAAGCAAGGAAAGCACUGAUCCACAUGCCAGUAAAUGCCUGGACAGUGAUUGUCUUAGGCUGUGAGAUGUAGCUGGGAGUGUAUAUUCUAUUGCCAUCUGUUAGAGGUGAGGCAGUUUACUUCUGUUAAUCAGGCCACCUGUUAAAACCAGAUGGGACAGCUUUCGUCAUCUCUUCCAAGACCAAUCCUCCCUCAGGGGAGAUAUCUACUGUUAAUGGGUUAUUGAGUGUCUCUGCAUGACUGAUAAAAUUACAUCAUCCCAUUGGGAGAUGCUCCACCCAGGGGGAGGAGCCAGCAUUCCUACCUAGAUAUAACCUGAGAUUUGGAGAACAAGAGGUAGCCUUUUCCCACUGGGUUCUGAGAGGAAGAUCAGGCCCAUCUGCAGCACUACUGGACCUUCAGAGGAAAACCCCACGCUUCUACAGGAUCACUGCUUCAACAGAACCACAGCUGUCACUACAGGAGGGCUGCAGCCACUAUUUAAUGGGACUGCUACCAACACCCUGACCCACCAGGUGUCAGGUCGUAUUCUGACGAUGUGAAAUGGAGGAGCAGGAUUCCAUGCCUAAGAUAAAAGCACUGAAGCACUCCAGGGCACAUGUGUGGGAAUACUGAUGCACAGCAAACCAGAGAUUUAUAGAGCCCUUCCUGACCCAUGUCCCUGAGAAAGAAGAUAGCAAGAUUCAGGACAAGAGUUUGUGAUCUCUGAAACCCACCUGAAAGGCCAAGAAUUACUGCUCUAAGUGACUGCUCUGGAGGCAGAGAGUGGCAGGUUGUGCAUGGAACAUUGGAUUUGGGGUGGGAUCAGCUGAGGAAAGACACUAUAAGGGGAUUCAUAAUCAUAUCUCUCUUACUUCUAAUCUUUACAAUGUGGUGUUAAUUAUUAAUUGAAAGCAGCACUGGGCCAAAUUGUAAUGGCACUGGAGUGCUAUAAACCUGGAAUAAUUCUGUUUAAGAUUUAAGGCUUUUCUCCUGUGCAGUCAAGAUGAUAAUGCUGACAGAUAACAAACACAGGGGAAGGAGUCAGCAACUUUGAGCCAGAGGGAGAAGUUCUUAUGUGAAGCCUGGGUGGGUCUUUCACCAGCUGCACUGAAGACAAGAAGUUACCACAUUCCUCUCUGCAAUGUUCCUCCACGUGGACUUAAGUAGCUGAUAAGAGCAAUGCCAUCAGGUGCCAUCCAGGAGGAAAUCUAACUGUCAUAACAAUGUCUCAAAGGUGGAAAGUCUGAUGCUCAUUGGCUGAUGCUCCAUGGAAAGCUCAGCAACGUGCCCUAUAUAGUGCCAGAGAUGAGAGGGACACCAGCUUCUGUUCCCACUGCAAAAAUGGGCUCCAGCAUCUUCCCACUCAGCCUGAUGCUUCUGCUGUGUUCUGUCUAUGGUUCUCCAGUCUCUGUGGGACAGCUCUCCAGUGAAGCUGAUGCUGGAGCUGGUGAGAUAUUCAAAGACAUCCCCCAAAUCAACUUGGCUGCUGGACUGGACCUCUUUCAGGGUGAUAUCUUGCUGCCUAAAAAUCAGCGAAAUGCCUUAAGAAAUGAGACCUACAGAUGGAAGUUCCCCAUUCCCUAUAUUCUGGGUGAUGACCUAGACCUGAAUGCCAAAGCGGUCAUUCUCCAGGCAUUUGAAAUGUUCCGCCUGAAGUCCUGCAUUGAUUUCAAGCCAUAUGAAGGAGAAAGAACCUACAUUUUCUUUAGCAAGCAAGAGGGGUGUUGGUCCAUGGUGGGGGACCUGCAGACUGGACAGAACCUCUCAAUUGGGUCAAGGUGUGACUACAAAGCAAUUGUGGAACAUGAGAUCCUGCAUGCUUUAGGAUUUUACCAUGAGCAGUCAAGGAUGGACCGGGAUGACUACGUGAAUAUCUGGUGGGAUGAAAUUAUUGCAGGCAAAGAGCACAAUUUUGCAAAGUAUGACGACACCUACAUCACUGAUCUGAACACCCCCUAUGACUACGAAUCACUGAUGCACUAUGAACCACUUUCAUUUAACAAAAAUGCAAGUGUCCCCACAAUAACAGCAAAGAUACCAGCGUUUGAUGACAUAAUUGGACAACGUCUAGACCUCAGUGCCAUUGACCUGGAAAGACUGAAUCGCAUGUACAACUGCACUUCAACUCACACCUUUUUGGACCAGUGUUCUUUUGAGCUUGAAAACAUCUGUGGUAUGAUCCAGGGCACCAAGCAUGACCAAGACUGGGUCCACCAACAGGGAAGUGUGAUGGGGCAGGAAGACCACACACUUUCUGGGCACUGUAGAGAUGCUGGCUACUUCAUGUACUUCAACACCAACUCUGGCCAGGCAGAUGAGGUGGCAGUCCUAGAGUCCCGAAUCCUUUAUCCAAAGAGAACUCAGCAGUGCCUCCAGUUCUUCUAUAGGACCACAGGAAGCCCUUCUGACAAAUUGAUCAUCUGGCUGAAAGAGGAUGAUGGCACUGGGAACAUUCGUAAGAUGAGGAAAAUUCAAACCUUUCAAGCGGACACUGACUCCAACUGGAAAAUUGCCCACGUAACCCUCAACGCUCAGAAGAAGUUCCGUUACCUCUUCCAAGGGCUGAAGGGCAAUCCCAGCUCUUCACUGGGUGGGAUUGCUAUUGAUGAUGUGACUCUGACAGAGACCCCCUGUCCCACAGCUGUGUGGGUCAUUCGCAACUUCAGCAAAAUCCUUGAGAACUCGUCCAUCAGCAUUGUUGAAAGCCCCCGGUUUUACAGCCCUGAGGGUUAUGGGUUUGGCAUCAGCGUGUUGCCCAACUACCAAAACAGUGGCUAUGCUCGUGUUGCCUUCCACCUGUGCAGUGGAGAGAACGAUGCAGUUCUGGAGUGGCCAGCUCUGAACCGCCAGGCCACACUCACAGUGCUGGACCAGGACCCCGACGUCCUGAAAAGGAUGUCCUCGAGCAAAAGCUUCACCACAAGCAAGGACCAUGUUAACUCAGCUAAUGGAGCUAUAAUAUGGGAUAAACCAUCAAUUGCUGGAAGGUUUGAUGAGUCGUGCAAUUGCAACAGAAGUGUAGCCUGGGGGUGGAGUAACUUCAUAUCUCACAGCCAGCUGAGACGGAGAAGCUUCCUGAAAAAUGAUGACCUUAUUAUUUUUGCAGAAUUUAAUGAUAUAAUUCACCUCAAUAACACUGAAGUUCCUGUCAAACCUGUGCAAUCUGCCCUCAUGGAAGGCCUCAUUCUUGAAAGGCAGAAGAGAGCAGCCCAGGACAUGGAGCCUGUCCAAGACCAGCUGCCUUAUCUGCCAGAUCCAUGUGACCCAAACCCUUGUCAGAAUGAUGGAGUCUGUGUGAAUGUGAAAGGAAAAGCAAGCUGCAGGUGCCCAUCAGGACAAGCCUUCUUCUUCACUGGGGAGAGGUGUCAAUCAAGGCAAGUCCAUGGGAGCAUCCUGGGAAUGUCGAUUGGUGGAAUUGCUGGAACCAUUGUCUUAACUGUCGUCCUCAUUUCCAUGAUGGCUAGAAGAUAAAUAACUGCAGGGGGCACAAAUGUCAACCUGGUUCAUAAGACACCCAUUUUCAAUGAAAAAUGAUGAAUGUAAUUUGGAGAAAACCAGUCAUCAUAUGGAUGAAAAGCUCUGCCAACAGCUUGGCAGCAAUCUGUUUUUUUCUGAGGGAUGUGGCAGUUAAAGUGUGUCAUGUAGAGCUGCUGUCUGAUGAAAAUUCAUACACUCCCUUUCUUGUGUGUAUUUUGAAAGUUUUGUUUCUUCAUUCCAUAGCAAGCAGAAGUGUUGAGAGCCUAUGCCUUUACUCUCAGCCACGGUUCAAACUUAGAUUAAAUAACUGGUUGAACCUCUCCAAACACUGUUAAAAAUCACACCCAAACACCUGUAUUAAGAUUCUGGAAAUGUUCCUACAAAAAUUGCUCAAGAAUUCUAAAGGUACAGAUACUUAUGUAGGUCAGUACAGCAUCACUCCCUUUCCCUGGAGCUGUGCUGGUGUACUUACACUGAUUAGCUAUUACACAGAAUUCAUAAACUCUUGCCCAUACCAAGCCAUCAUAAAUUCUUCUAGCUGUAGAGAACAGUUUCCCAUCCUGAUUCACCUCAAAGUUCCAGGAACAGGUUCACCAUUGGCAAACACAGGCCUGGUUCCCUGACAAUCAAACAGAACUGUACCGCGUGGCUGCAGUAUUUGAUAUUGACCUCAAAUCUAAAUCUUCAUGAUUCUACCAUAUUGUACAAUAAACUUUGUAACAUUUAUGUGCAUGAUAAA